UACGCACUCCAUCGUGCGACAGAAAUUUUUGACCCACGUGUGCCGGGAUCACCUUGAACCAGAGGAGAAGCAGGCGUUGAAGCGGCUGGUGGAGGAAGAGCUGCUCAAGAUGCAGGCGGAUGCUGAUACCAGAGAAGGAAAGCUAGACCUUACCAAAGUGAAGAGGCCUCGUGCUCCCUGCAGUGACCCAGAGAGAAAAAGGUCUCGCUUCAAUUCAGAGUCAGAUUCCAGCUCUGCACCAUCCAGUCCAGACUGCUCAGGACCCCCCCAGAAGAAGAGCACAACCAAGGAGAAGUCGUGUUGGAGGAGAGCCUCAAAGAAAGCGGUUGAGAGCACAGAUGACGAACAGCAGACAGACCUGGUGGCCAAGAUGCGGUCAGAGGAGAGCAGCGGGGAGGAAGGGGAGGGCUCUGACAGAUCAAGUAGGGUCUGGAAGGAGGACGCUGAGGAAGACGAUGAUGUCAAGAAAGAACAGGAGGGCAGGUCUGAAAGGAAAGCUGGGGCCAAGAACAGGCAAACACCAAGCAAGGCUUCAGCCAAUAGGAAGCAGGUGAGGGAGGGAAGUGACAGUGAGGAAGCCCGGCAGGGCAGAGCAGAGGGCCGGGGAUGCCACAGUGAGGAGGAGACCCUAGCCCAGAAGAAGGAGCACAAGGAACCCAGACCCAGGAGCAACAGAGGGGAGAGAAUGAACUACAAGCAGAAAACCAAGGUUGGGGGGCGAACGGGAGGCUUGGGAGACAGCGAAGAGAAGGAAAGGGGGGCAGUAAGUAGUGGGGAUAGCAGCGGGACGGAUGAAGAGAAUUCAUCUGAGGAGAGCAAGGACAAGACCCAGGCGGAGAAUGGGAGAAGGCAGAGUCCAAGCAGUGAGGACAGUGACAGCAGCACACAGGAGCUAGCAGCCGGUCAAGGCACUACCAAGAUGGGCACACCAGGCAGCAGUGAGAGUGACGGGAGGGGCUCCCGGGCAGGACAGAGCUCCAAAGGGGAAAGGAAGACCCGCGCUUCCAAGAAGAGCUCCAAGAAUGGCAAGGCACGAAGUUCCUCAUCGGAUUCAAGUCCAGAACCCACAAGCCAGAAGGUUGGCGCUCGUCGUCGCCACGGAGAGGAUCACCCAGCCGUGGUGAGACUAAAGCGUUAUAUUCGGGCUUGUGGUGCCCAUCGAAACUACAAGAAGCUGCUGGGCUCCUGUCGCUCCCACAAGGAGUGCCUGAGUGUCCUCAGGGCUGAGCUGGAAGCGCUGGGCAUGACGGGCAACCCUUCCUUGGAGAAGUGCCGGGCCCUGAAGGAGCAGCGGGAAGAGGCAGCUGAGGUGGCUUCCUUGGAUGUUGCCAAUAUCAUCACCAGUUCAGGUCGACCACGAAGACGGAAUGCCUGGAACCCUUCGGGGGAAGGAAUGCCCCCAGGGGAGCUUUAUCGAAGAACCCUGGACUCGGAAGAAGAGAGGCCACGCCAAGCACCUCCAGACUGGUCCCAUAUGCGGGGCAUCAUCAGCAGUGAUGGUGAGAGUAGCUAAACUCCAUGCCCCAGGAUGGACCUUGUGGCACUGAAGCUGUUUUCAAAAAAGACUAUGUUGUUUUGUGGUUCUUCAUUUGUUUUGGUUUUAGAGUCAAUAAAGUAAUGUUUGUAAUUA